GUGGCAACACUGAAGCUGACAUGUCUGAAAAUCAGCUGUUUAAUUUUAAUUACAAUUUUAAGUAAAUUUACAUUUAAAUAAGACUACAAUUAUUGUAAAACAACUGUAAUCAAAGUGUAUUUUGUGAUAAAUCAUAAUUUCAAUACCGAUCUACUGCCAACCAGCACCAGUGAGACGGACUUGUGAGCGGUGUGACGUGAUUCAAUAACCUAUAACGGACUUUUACCGGGGGAGUAUCUGUUAUUAUUUUAUUCAACUUAUUCAGUAAUCCAACACUCCCUACACGAUAGGUAUUCGUACAUACUCGAGAAUCUCGAGACACGUCCCUCCACACACUUAGGCAAAACUUGUUCUCGCUUUGCUUGACUUACAGUGGAAGUGAAGUUGAAGAAUGAUCUGUACAGUCUGUACCUACUGCCUCAGACAAAACUAACAUUCCACUGUACACAUAAUGAUUACAGUACGACAUAGUCCACCUGAGUUAGGUAUAAAUAGUUAUUAGGCAUAGUGUAAGUCUGACUAAAUUUUCCUAUGGCCUCUUUAUUUGUGUUUGCAUCAAGUACCUACUUAUUACUUGUUUAGUUUAUUUUAUGAUAUAGGUAAUAAACCUAGUCAACAUACCAGGAAACUAAUUUUAACUUUUCUUCCUAGUCUAUUAACUUAUCUCACUUUUGUUAUCUCGCUGUCUCUCAUCCUCUCUCUGCUAGACUCCUAACACUUUCCAUUUCCUUCACUUACAUAUAUCUAUUGGUGUGUUUCAGGUAUAUAGUACAAGAUGGCUCCUAUGUUCACCAGAAAAGCUGCCGCUCUUGAAGAACAACAGAAACUGAAAAAUGCUUUACACGAAAUAAAAUCACUGAAACAAUUAAAUACCCAAUUACUGAAGGAACAAGAUGAAAGUGAAGCUGAGAUGAGAAUCAUUAUUGCUAGGAACUCACAGUUAAAGUCUGAACUUGCAAACCUGCACAACGCUCAUACUUUGUUAUCAGAGGAGCGCGACCAACUUCAGUUGGCAGUAGGGUCGUUCAAUCAGUGCAUACAAACUUAUGAAGAGGCUCUGGGAAAGAUAUCUAUGUUAGAGGAUGAAUUAAGCAAAUCUCAACAGUUAAUUUGUGACCUUCAGUCACAAAUAGCAAGUUAUGAAACACAAAAAACAAAUAACUUGUAUGAUGAGCUGCUUGCUUCAUCCUCAACAGCACCAGUGUUGACAAUUGGCCUGACCUGUGACAGCCCUUGUGCUGCUAAUAAUAAGCCACAUUCAGAAACUAUCCAUUUAAAUAGUCACAAAAAAAUUAAAAAAUACAUUAAAAUUGGUAAAUUAAUUAAAAAAACGAAAAAAUUAAUAAAAUUUCAGAAAUUAUGUAAUAAAAACAUUAGGCUUAGGAAAGAACGUUCAGAUUUAUUAAAUAAGCUCAAUACAUAUUGUUCCUCACUGCAAGAGAUGAGAGUUCAAUAUGAAACUGACGUUCGGAGUCUUAAUGAGGAGAUUCUAAAACUGGAAAACUCCUUGAAAACAGUUACUUCCCAGUACGAGCUGUCACAGAAACAGGUCGGUGAGCAUAUACUGGCCGCUGAUGAGCUGUUAGCCUUAAGUAAUUAUAAUAUAGAUCGUCUUGACUCUCUGAUUAAUAGAUGUGAGUGCUCAAAUAAGUACAAUAGCAGACGUAAAAAACGUGACGUGACGAAAAAGACAAAAACUUUCGUAGAUGGAAGAGAUUAUCCUGUUGCUAAUGAAGUAAGGUUUAAGGCACAGAACUAG